AUGCGGAGAUCUGCUGUCGGCAAUAUCCCUGCUGUAUCGACAGCUGCACCACUCGCGCCUGUUGCUUCGAACCAUGAAGAGGAACAGUCAAGGCUAGCACCACCUGGCUCGAAGACCCACAGCGAAAAGCAUCAUCAACAUGACUUCAAUGGCCGACGUCUCGAAACUGCGGGAGGACAGAUGAACGAGAAGCAUUCAGGCCACGAUCUUCACCGUACAUCGACGUCGACUUCCUCCACAGCCCCAACUGUCACUGAGAGCCAUGAUCUUGAGCAUAGCAUUUCUCGUGUCUCUACAGAUCCUCAUGGCAACACUUAUCCUGAAAGGGGAAAGGAGGCCUACCUGGUCGUCUUUGGCUCUUUCUGUGGUUGCAUGAUCUCUCUUGGUUUCAUGAACACAUUGUCGACCUACACAGCCUAUCUUACCACACAUCAACUAGCAGACCUUCCUACGAGUACUGCAGGCUGGGUCUUCGGCAUUUAUGCCUUCCUCUCUUUCUUUCUCGGUCUGCAGAUAGGACCUCUCUUCGAUGCUUUCGGCCCACGUUGUCUCGGAGGCACAGGUACAGCACUGGUGUUCACACCGAGCAUCGCCGCCAUAGGGCACUGGUUCUACCUUCGACGAGGAACAUUCACAGGUGUCGCAUGCGUAGGCGGCUCACUCGGAGGUAUCAUCUUCCCGCUGACACUCCAAGCACUCUUCGGAAUGGAGAACAUCGGCUGGGCAUGGUCCCAGCGUAUCUUAGCCCUAAUAAAUUUGCCUCUGGCCAUCUGUGCAAAUCUUUUCAUCAAAAGCCGACUACCUCCAACACGACCAGUACGCAAAGAACAGAUCCUACCCGACCCUCGCAUCUUUCGAGAUAAGACCUUCGCCCUUGUUACUCUGGCUGUUUUUUUUGUGGAGUGGGGACUCUUCGUCCCCAUUUCCUACCUCACAAAUUUCGCUCUAGCCAUUGGCGUCGACGAAACCUUCAGCUACCAAAUCAUCGCAAUCUUCAACGCAGGAAGUUGUUUCGGACGCUGGCUCCCUGGUCUUGUCGCAGACAAAGUCGGCCGGUUCAACACCAUGAUUCUCACCACAGUCAUCUGCUGGAUCGGCACGUUUGCGUUGUGGCUUCCCUCGGAAAUGCUCGUUGGUGCGGGACAAACCGCACGCCUCGCGCUCCUGAUCGUUUUCUCACUGAUUUUUGGGUUCGGGUCCGGCGCGGGUAUUUCGCUCGUGCCGGUUUGUGUUGGUCAGCUGUGUAAGACGGAGGAGUAUGGGCGGUAUUAUGCGACUUGUUAUACGAUUGUGAGUUUUGCUACGUUGACGGGAAUACCUCUCGCGGGAGGGUUGUUGGUGAAUGAGAAUGGGCGUGAGAGGUAUUGGGGUUUGAUUUUAUUUACUGGUAUGAGUUAUUUGGUGUCGACGGCGGUAUUUAUUGGCGCGAAAAUGACGAGGGUUGGGUUUGGGAAGGAUUUGUGGAAGGGGAGAUUCUAG